AUGAACGGAAAGACUCCUCGACGAGCUGCCAAUGCAUGCCAGCGGUGUCGUGCUCGCAAGGUGCGAUGCUCGGGCAUGCAUCCGUGUGACAAGUGUCAGCAGCGACGACUGGAAUGUCAUUUCCAGGAAGAUAAAAAGAUUGCCGUGUCGGAGGAGCUAUUUCUAUCCAUGAAACGUAAAUUGGACGAAUUCCAGCGGCAAUCCUCCCCUGCAUCUGCAAAGCGUCUUCGGGCAAGCGAGCAGAGCAGUGAGUCUGCCGCACAUAGUCGCCCCAGCGAAACCCGAUUCGAGUCGAAUCUACUGGUCGCCCCGCGCUAUCUGAAGAAUACUGGACGUCAGCGAGCGUGGCUGUGCCUUGGUCCUACAUCGACCUGGUCAUUCAGUCGACGGGUAUUGAGCAUUAUUCGGGACCGACUGAAUCCCGACAAUACCAGCCCGAUUCCUCUUGCGGUCGACGGCGAUGCAUAUCAACUGCACUGGGACCAAGCGAGGGCCAAUGACCCGCCUGAUCUCAGUGGUCUACCCUCCCUUGAAUACGCGAUAUACAUGCUUAAGACGGUCCAGUUCCAUCUGAACCCGCUGUGGCAUCUCAUCGACGAAGACGAGUUUGUGAGAAACCUGCAUGAGUUCUAUAGCAAUGCCCCUGUCAAAGCCAUUGAAGCGCGAAUAUGGUAUGUCCAGUUUCUGGUUGUUCUCGCAUUCGGGGAAGCCAUUCUUACCCCUGUCCGCACUGGCACAAACCUUUCAUCCUGGACCCGAUUCUUCACUCGGGCUAUGGCUCUGUUGCCAGACAUCACUGCACUUUGGCAUGACCCGAUCUUAGCCGUGGAGCUGCUAGCCUUAGUGGCACUAUAUUUUCACUCGAUUGACUUGAGGGACUCCGCCUACUGCUAUAUUGGCCACGCUAUGCGCAUUGCCCUCGUCGAGGGUUUCCAUCGCGCACUCCCCGUCGAGCAGCUGGGGGAGAGACACGUUGAACGAUGCAAUAAGAUCUGGUGGACGGUAUACAUCCUAGAUCGGAAAUUCUCUGCUCUGAUCGGGGCUCCGAACGCUGUCAACGACGAGGACAUGACAGCUACGCCGUGGGAUAUCAGAAUAUGUUCUCAGGAAGCCGCGGCGGUAAGUCUACAUGUCAAGAUUUCACAAGUGAUUUCUCGUGCCUUGAACACUGUCUACGCCGUGGAUGGAAAACUCGGCGGCAUCUUCCUUGGCAGAGUGCGUUCUGUCCUGCAUGAAAUGACGGGCUUCACGCGACAGCUCGAGGAAGUCUUUGCCCACCGGUUUCACAGCUCGGUCGAAACACUUUCUGGUGUAGCCACGCGGUUGAAGCUAGCAUGCCAUCAGUGCAUCAUUGUCACCGUUCGGCCUCUUGUGCUUAGUCUUCUCUGGGAACGCCUCGCCUGCUUCAACGACGAUGAGACUCUGGGCCAACUUUCGUCUCCGGUUCGGACGCUGAUCCAUGCAUGCGUUGAAUCUGCCACAAAAUCCCUGCGACUACUUAUUGCCCUUCGGGAGCACAAUAUUCUUGAGAGCUUCUUGCCCUUCGAUUUAGAAAACGCCUUCUCUGCCUCCUUCAUCCUCACCCUUGUUGCCGCCAUCCUCCCCGCCGCGCUCCCCGACCAAACCUACCGAGACAUGGGCUUCAGUGUCCUGGACGAGAUGAUCGCACGAGGAAGCCGCGUGGCCCAGCUCCGCAAGUCUGAGAUCGAACUUCUGGAAGACCUCGCCCGUCCGCUCAGGCAAGCUCAAGAACAACCUCCUGCACAUGGAGAGGGAGCGCAGCAGCAGCAGCACCUCCACCUAGCGACGCCUCUUCGAUCCUCCUCCAAUCCAUCCCCCUUUGUUGAGAUGUUGGAUCAUCCUGUUCCCUCGUCGGCAAACUCGGUCCCAGACGAGGAGAUGCUCUUUGAUUGGCGGUAUUUCGGCCUCUCCUUGAACCAGAUGCUUUCCGCUGCAAAUGAGCUGAACGCAAGUACUACGGGGGACGAACUGCAGGACCUGUGGCUAUGGAGCGAUCAGUAG